AUGGCAGCCAACACCGCCGGCCACCCCGUAGCGCCCACGAAAUUCAACCCCUCCCCAGACGACCUCCUCUUCCUGCACAAAACAACUGGUAUCCCCACCGUCCCCGAACUGAAAGCUCACGUCCUCGGGAUCCAACACCAAGCACUACAAGUCCAUCCAUACCCCUGCAUCGCCCGGUUCUCAUUUACGUCGCCAACUGUAGCCCGUUUCGUAGGGUAUAAGAAAGCCCUCCUACUCGAAAGAGAGAGGAAAGGAGCCCUGCUGCUCGAUAUUGGUUGCUGCUUCGGCGCCGAUGUAAGGAAGGCAGUGCAAGACGGUUUCCCACCAGCGCAGAUCGUCGCUUCGGACUUGCAUCCCGAGUUCCUUGAACUGGGACACCGGCUGUUCAGGGACGACGAGCGUACUCUGCCUAUCAAGUUCCUAGCGGGGGACGUGCUCGAUCCUUCGUUCCUCUCCCUCCCUCCUCCCACCCCACCCCCACCCCCACCAGUACCAGUAGGAGUACAGGCCCUCACCUCCCUCACCCAGCUACACAAAAGAGUAAGCGCGAUCCACGCCUCCCUCUUCUUUCACCUCUUUUCCCAUUUUCAGCAAGCGCAUCUCGCGCACUUACUAGGCUCGCUCCUCCUCCCCAAACCCGGGAGCGUGAUCUUCGGCCACCAGAUCGCUUCUGCUAUCGAGGGCACUGGGAAGGAAAGAGGAAGAUGGGCGCAUUCGCCCAAGAGCUGGAGACGGCUCUGGGAGGAGACGUUCCUCGAGCUUGGCUGGGAGGGGGACGUGAGCGUUAGCGCUACGAUGCUGCCUAUGAAGGGGGAGAGGGCGCUGCUGGCCCAGGGGCUGGGGAUUGGGGAGGGGAUCAUGUUCUGGUGUGUUGAGUUGACUGAGAAGGCUUAG